AUGAAAUUUCUAAAACUAGAAGAUGUUCUAAUUCCGAUUUUUAAGUCAUGUUUCACAAUAGUUAUAAUUACGGUGGAUCAACUAAAGAAGUAUGAUGCGGAAAAUGCUAUUCUUCUAGUCGAUAAAGGGCGGCAGUUUGUAGCACGUUGGCACGAUUAUUUGUUUUCUGACUUUCACGAUCCAUAUAUAAAUGCCACCGAGGCCAUUCCAACGUUUUUUCUUUACACCCACGUCUUUCAGGAAGAAAUUUUGGGUCUCGCCAAAGACAAGAACAUUUCUCAGCUGCAGCUGAGAUUCCACAGACCACUGGAAGGUCCAAUAGACCUUUCAAUGGUCAUUAUAUGGCUCUUGGCUGUCGGAUGUGUAAUGGGAGGGGGUGUAUGGGCGUUCUUCCGGCACAGAGCAGGAAAGGAUAAGUUGCACGUUAAUGCAUCUUCAAGUGCAGGCUACACUUCUCAGUCGGAUUCGAAUAGUUCCUUCGAAAGUCGCUGUAGAUGCCUUGCAAGACACUCAAAUUUUCUCGCUAUUAUUGUCUUGAUGAUUAUUGUUGUUGGAGUUCUUAUGAUCGGUUUCUUUUUCCGUCCUGUUUUAGGUACUGAAAUCUACAUUCAACUUUUACUGUAA